GGGUUUGAUCAAGCCAUGGAUGAAGAAGGCUGUAAGGGCGAGCACACGGCCAAGUGAGAACAUGGCGGAGGCCAAGCGCAUUCUCGCGCUCGCCUCGCCCAUUGCGCUCACCGGACUCCUCCACUACUCUCGCUCCCUCGUCUCCAUGAUCUUCCUCGGCCGCCUCGGCCAUCUCCCCCUCGCCGGCGGUGCCCUCGCCAUUGGUUUCGCCAACAUCACCGGCUACUCUGUCCUCUCUGGCCUCGCAAUGGGCAUGGAGCCAUUGUGCGGCCAGGCUGUCGGAGCACAUCGACCCACCCUACUCGGCCCCGCCCUCCACCGAGCUGUCCUCCUGCUCCUCGUCGCUUCCCUUCCCAUCGCUGCCUUAUGGCUCACGAUGGACCGGCUGCUGCUCCUUUGCGGCCAGGAUGCGGACGUUGCCGCUGCUGCAUAUGCUUAUGUUCUUGCCUCCCUCCCCGACCUCAUAUUUCAAUCCUUCCUCCACCCCAUUCGCAUCUUCCUUCGCUCUCAAUCCAUCACGCUCCCCGUCACCUACGCCACUGUCAUCGCCGCCGUCCUUCACCUCCCUCUCAACUAUGCCCUUGUCUUUCGCCUUCGCCUUGGCAUCCAUGGCGUCGCUAUUGCCUCCGUUUGCACCAAUCUUAACAUACUCCUCUUCCUCCUCCUCUAUAUAUUAUGCGCUGACGUUCACUGCCCCACUGGAGUACUCAACCUUUCCACGGAUUGCUUUAGGGGAUGGCGCUCGCUUCUCGGUUUUGCCAUUCCUAGCGUCGUCUCCGUGUGCUUGGAGUGGUGGUGGUACGAGAUCAUGGUCCUCCUUUGUGGCCUCCUCCUCGACCCCAAAUGUACAGUCGCCUCGAUGGGCAUCAUCAUCCAAACCACCUCAUUGAUCUACAUUUUCCCUUCCUCCCUGAGCUUCAGCAUCUCCACCCGCGUCGCCAAUGAGCUCGGCGCCGACCGGCCCGAUCGCGCCCACCGUGCUGCCAACGUAGGCCUCGCCUGCAGUGCCGUACUCGGGCUACUGGCGUUCCUGUUCGCGGUGGCAGUUCGGCACGUGUGGGCGUGUAUGUUCACGUCCGAUGCCACCAUUGUGGCGCUCACAGCCACGGUGCUGCCCGUCGUCGGGGCUUGUGAGCUGGGGAACUGCCCGCAGACGGUGGGGUGUGGAGUGCUGCGUGGGAGCGCGAGGCCACGCGUCGGGGCCAACAUAAAUUUGGGCUCUUUCUACGGCGUGGGGAUGCCAGUGGCGACAGCGCUGGCGUUCUGGGCGCAAUGGGACUUCAUGGGGUUGUGGAUCGGCAUGCUCGCGGCCCAGGCAGCGUGCGUCACGCUGAUGCUGCUCGUCGUACGACGCACAGACUGGGAGCUGCUAGCGCAGCGCGCGCGACAGCUCAUCGGUGUCCGUCUCGACCCGGCUGCCGCUGAUGAAGCAGCCGUGGUGGUGGUGCAAAAUGACAAGGAUGAGAAGCAGCCAGAAGAAACAGCAAAAACUGAAAGCAGCGUUAACAUUAACUACGACUCGAUUGUUUGGAAUCAUCUUUGAUGAUCCUGUGGCUGCAACAAGUCCAUAGCUUCCCAUUGUUAUCUUAUUUGAUCUUUUCUUCGUUUCUAAACAAAAGAUCACUGCGAUCCCUUUGUCAGCAUGUGAAUUGGGAAGAGAUCAGACA